AUGUCUCUGAAGGACCUAGCAGUUGGAGUAGGUGGUGUGUCUCUCGCUGAAGGUGACUGUAACUGGAAUGAAACGACAAAUGAUGAAGAAAUUACUAAGCCUGAAGUCAUGCAGCAAAGCCUCCCUGUAGUGACUAGCAGAGGGAGAAGUUGUGAGGGGUUUUCUGAGAGCAGUUGCAGUAUCUCAGAACUCAGCAGUUCCUGGGGUGAUUUCGAAGGCUUCAGGGAGUCCUUGGACAAAUCGGAGAGAGUCAGUCAUAAUCUUGAAGUUUUGGUGAAGUCAACAGAAACUUCCAGAGCUGAUAGGGAUUUAAGCAGUGGACACCGCAGUGCUUCUGCUGGUCACUUCUGCUCUCCGACUAACUCAAGUGGAACAAAAGCAGCUUCUUUACAGCUGGAAAAGGCAAACCACAGCUAUGAGGAUAUCUUUAAGUUGGGCUUCCCAGAAAUCUUUGUAUCACAGUCCGAAGAGAGCAUAAGAAGCUUAGACCAAGUACUACUUGAUACAAGUAAUGACGAUGCUGGGUUUCCUGAACUUAGGAAGAAUCAACUUUGCAUUGAUUCUGGAAACAUAUGGAGAACACUUGGAGACUUUGAUAAUACCCCCAGCAUAAGACAUCCCAGGAGUAAAUCUCAUUGUCAAGAAAACCUCUUGAGCGUUCUUGGAAUAGAUGUGGAUCAAAAGGACUUGUUGGAGAGCCAGGAUGACUUUUUUGAGGAGUCAAAUGUUAAAGACAAUGAGGACUUCAGAUCUGAUGGAUUCAGUAUUAACGACUGCAAAGCUCUGAUCCAGACCAAGGUAAGAAUUGCUCUAAAGGAAGCACUUUGGAAAACCACAGAGU